CAAAAAAUUGGUGCCCAUCCAAACAGAAUGCCAAGCCUAGUCAACGACCAAAAUUUUGGAUCGGCAGCUGAGGGCUGCAAUCCAAACAGCCCCUAGAUACUUUCCCCACUUCCAGUAACCUUAUCCCCCAGUCCGGGAACCACCCUCUGAAUCCCAGUAGCGCCUUUUCGCCGCCGCGGCCGACGGAGCCCCCAGCUCGUUCGCCGGUCCGUUCGUCUUCUCGCCGGUUACUUACACAUCUUGGGCCUUGGAGAGGCGCUACUGGAAUCAGAUUCUUGUAGCGCGGAGGAGGCCGCACUCGGAAUUUUGUUUCGGCGGCGAGUCGGAUCCAAAGCUCGAUUCAUUUCCGGAUUUGAACUGCCCCGAGUCCCAGCACACCGCAAGAUUCCAGUUUUCUGGAUUCGGAUUUGGAUCUCCGUCACCGACUUGAGCAGGCCCUCUGUUGGUUUGUCUUUCUUGCCUAUAAGUAUCGCCGGAGCCCCGAUGGAGGCCUGUAUCUUAAUAAGGAGCUUACGGCAUCUAGCUAGGCACCCGACGAGUUUGUGCUCUCUCAUCUUCAGAGCUUUGGCUGAUCUGAUGGGACUUUCCCCCAGUGUACUCAGCAAAUUCAGAGGAGACGCACCGCCCAUGGAGAAUAUGGUGGGCAAAUCGCCGGAGCUGCCACCGGAUAUGCUGUCGAGCAUCUUUGCCCUCCUCGAGAUCCCUGACCUCGUGCGCGCAGGCUCUGUCUGCUCCUCUUGGCGGUCGGUGUACACCGGACUACGCCGUCAGCUUCUGAAGCACAAACAGCGCCAGACGCCUUGCCUCCUCUACCACACCUCUGAAUCUACUGGAGAGAAUGCAGCUUGCCUCUACAGCCUUGUGGAAAAGAGGGCCUACAAAUUAACCCUCCCUGAUCCACCCAUCCGCAGUAGGUAUCUGAUUGGCUCUUCGCAUGGUUGGCUGAUCACUUCCGAUGAGAGGUCCGAGCUGCACCUUGUAAAUCCAAUCACUGGUGAACAGAUUGGUCUCCCGUCAGUGAUUACUCUUGAGCAAGUCAAGCCGGUCUUUGACGAUGAAGGUGCUAUUCAUAAGUAUGAGUUAUGGAAGCCACGGUACACUGCACUUGCAGAAUUCCUUGGUCACGAGCCCUCAAUUUAUGCUCUCGAUGAGCUCCGUGACCACCUCUACUUCAAGGCAUAUUUGUUUCCUGAUUCGCAAACAGGAAGCUACAUUGUGGUCCUCAUUCAUAAUCCAGAAUAUCAGAUUUCAUUUGCAAGGGCAGGGGACUGUGGGUGGACAUUUCUACCACCGGGUUGGAACUAUCAGGAAUGCAUCUACAAGGAUGGUCUACUGUAUGCAGUGACAGGAACUGGAGCAGUUGAUGCUUUUGAUCUCUCUGGUUCUACUGUCACAAGGACGACGGUUCUGGGUGACAUGAAGCAUUAUAUUUGUGAGCACAUAUACAUUGUUCAGGCACCGUGGGGCGAUAUGCUGCAAGUUUGGAGGGAACAGCCCACUGUAGAUGGUGAUGCUGGUUCAGAGAACAUAGAGGAAACCAGCAAAAUAUUUGUAUAUAAGAUUGACAUGGCAGCAAAAAAGCUUGUGGAAAUAAAUGGCUUGCAUGGCCAUGUGUUGUUUCUUGGGCAUAGCCAGACACUGUGUCUCAGUGUGGAAGAAUAUCCGCAAUUGAAAGCAAACUGUGUCUACUUCACUGACGAUGAAGAAUAUAUUUCGAUGUAUAAGAAUCUUCAUCGUGAUAUAGGCGUUCUAAAUUUGGAAAACAGCAGCAGGGAAGAAAUCGUGCCUCGGAUUUAUUGCACCUGGCCAAAUCCCAUAUGGAUUGCACCCAGUCUUAGAAUGAUGCACUCGGGAUUGAUGUAACUGUGUUCAAUGCUAUGACAAUGGAGACAUGCUCCAUUUAUAUUUUAUUUAUCAAAUCAAUAAUAUAAAUAUUUUUUGCCAUAUUUUCUUUUCUUUAUGGAGAACUUUUAUCAUGUGUUAAAUUACUGCCGCUGUCAUAUGCAAAGUUGGAGCUUAGAUGGCCUGGCCCAAGGUUCUUGUGGAAAUGUUAAAGCAACUAUGUUGUACAAGGAAGAUAGGUACUGAACAGAGAAGUUUAGGAUAUUCAGGUACUUUGAGACGCUUAAUUUGGUAGAUCUGAUUUAUUCUUUCACUCAAUUCUUUCAAAAAAACUGUUGAAGCCAAUAAGAUACCAUUAGAUACUAUUGGAAAAGUAAUACCUUGUCAUUAUGAGCAUUAGACACAUAAGUUUUCUACUGGUGAUCAGCCAAUAAGGACAUCCUUAUCUUUGAGUGCUCUCUAAAAAAAAGCUCGUCUAGCUUUUAGGAUUUUAUUUGGUUUCCAUAUCAGUUGAAUUAUUGUUAUUCUUUGGAGAUGGAAGAUCAAAGGCCUACAGAUGUUUGUCGAGGUACUCUCCUUCCUAAUAUUAGAUUAUGUUCCCUGCCUUUUUGAUAUAAAUGUUCAGUAUUGCAUUUCGCACAAAACGUUCCUUCCAGCAUGUUUUAUUUUUGUUAGGUAAAAUUUCAGUAUUUAGGUAUUGCAGAAGUGAGGUUACAAAUGUCAAAUUUUAUUUGAUUUGUAGGUUUUUGCUACAAGAUCCGCUAUUUGAAGCUGCACUAAUGAAGAGUAAGAUCUACUGUCCUUCUCUGUUAACAAACAUAUCUGUACGGAUUCAAAGAUAUGGUUAUACAGUGAUAUUUCUAGGUGUGAAAAUAAAGUUUGCUUUGGCUUAUUGUUUUAACUCCCAGGUUUUAGUGUUUCGUUUUUGGCAUGUUCCAGUUAUAUGUUCAAUUUUUCAUGAUUUCUAUGCACGUCUCCCUGAUAUGGCCUUGAGUAUGUAUUGCAUCAUCAUAUUAGUUAUUAGACUAGAGUUAUCUUUUUUAAGUGGUUCUGCAAUAAUGCAGUCCUCCUAUUUGUAAAGUGGUAUGUUGCACAAUGCACACUGGAGGCAUGCCUGAGGACAUGAUUCAUAAUUAAAACAGUAUCGACAUAAGUCUAGAAAAAAAGUCUAUAUUACACAAGAGAUAGAAAUGAUCUGUAAGGCCUGGCGCUUCAGUUCUUUUGUACUGUAGUUAGCUAAAGUUUGACAUAUUUGGUGUUGAUAUUAUGGUACCUCCUUGUCAGAUGCAGAUUUGUGUAAUUCGUAACUUCUUAUGAAGACUUGUUGAGGUUGGCUCCUUACCUUCCCUUUAUUGGAAGAAUUUUCCUCAGUAGUGAAUUGGCCCGUUGUGGACAUUGCAGAUCCCACCAGAUCAAGAACACACCACACAGGAUUAUAACGAUUUCUUACUAACUGAUUCAGAUGAAAUCGAAUCAGCUUCAUCAUUAUUGUUUUUUUAGAUGGAAAUUUUCAUCAUUAUUGUUCAAGCACCAGCAAAGUGAUGUAGAAAAUACCUCCUGACAAUAGUAAAAAAACUAUUUCGCAGAUGCACGUGAUGCAGAUUGCCACUAUGCACAAGUGGUCAGGCAGCUGAAUAGGUUGUCAAGACCAGAGGAAAUUUUGCUAAAGAUCAACUUUGAUGCUUCUUUUCUACUCCUCCGUCCCAUAACAUAAGAUUGUUUUGCAAGCUAAAACAGCUUGCAAAAUCAUCUUAUAUUGUGGGACGGAGGUAGUAUAAAAUAAUAGAGUGGCCAAACCUGCAAUGGUGUCAUGGCUUGCAAAGUCGCAAUCACGAAGGGAAUGUUCUACUGGCUGCUGCUCUAAACAUCUAAAUCUUCGAAAAUACGUUUUUUUGGUCAUACAACUUGUCAUUUGGUUCAAAUACAGUCACUCUGUUCCAGCGCAUGCGUAUUCAGCAUGCAUGGGUCCACUGUCAGCGACCUGCACUGUUUUAUGCC